GAGGUCCUCAAUGUGAUGGAACGCUAUGGAAAGCACAUAGACUCCACUCCCAACCCUACGGGUAAAACAACAUGGAUUGGGAAAGCGCACUUCCUUCCCCACGUGUACAAUUUUGUGCGGCAAAGAAAGCCUGUGCUGAUGACGCUGCCGGCAUUUCCUUGCAAAAGUGCCAACCGUCAGAACAAAGUGCUGGGUCACCUGCCUGAUCUCGGCGAAGAGCUGGGCCUGCGCCGUCUUCACGAGAUGGCGAGUGACAUCGGCAAAGUCUACGCUCCCGGCGCUUUCAUCAACAUUGCGACCGAUGGUGUUCUCUUCAGCGAUAUCAUUGGAAUAACUGAGGAGGACUGCUGGGAGUACGGCGAAGCCCUCAAAGUUCUGAUCAAAGAGAACGACUUUAACACUCUCCGGUUCGUCCGUCCGAUGACCAUGCUCGGUCUCUCAUCCUUUGAAGAGAACAUUCGUGAGAACUACAUCGCCACCGCAGAGUUGUGCCGCGAAGAGAUCAUGCGGUGCUUCGGUCCCUCCGAGAAGACUAUCGACACCGCCAUCCGCAAAGACAAGGACACAGGCCUCACCUACUGCGGCAUGGUCAAGUUUCUCGAGUCAGAGCUCGAAACGCAUCUGUCUCUGACAGGGCUGAACAAAGCGGCAAAGAGGAAGGCGAUCAAGGCAGCAGCGCGGAAGAUGAUGCAGCGCUCGGAGGCAUUUACGUUGGCGAUAAGGACAGCGAGGCCCGGCGAUGUGAGGUUGUCAAUACACCCUUCUUCUGGCGCGGCGAAAUUGUCGUUUCCGCUGGUGCCUAGCCCAGAAGGCUUCUUUCAGAGGAGCCCGUGGCAUAGUUGUGUAGCAAUAGGCUUGGACGGUGAGGCAAGGUGUGUGCAUAGCAUCGAUGUGAAGAAGACGCAUGACCUAGUGUACAAGAAUAGAAGGGCUUGGUACUAUCAAGAGAAG